AUGGGUGCUGUCGCCGGAAGUCGGAACAAGUCAGGCUCCAAGGUCGGCUACCUGAAUGUAGCGGGCUUGAUGAGUAAUAUGCACAUUGCCAACAGGCUAGCAUCACGUCACACAGGUGGUGAAGGUGGGCGCACAUUUGCAUCUACUGUACAUGGAUGA